AUGAGCGGAAGUGCCAACUCACCUUCACUCAAUGCUCAACCACCCAAGCCUGCUUGGGUAAAGUCAUCAAAGAAUACAAUCACUUCAAAUAUUGAUUCGUUGUCGGCAUUCUUACAAAAGCAAUCGGCAUCAAAGAAGAUUGAACCAAAUAGACCAAAGACUUAUAAGAAGAAAUGGUGUUGGUUCCAACAGGACUCUGGUUGUUUGUAUUAUCAUCAUGCCGGUGCACUAAACUCGGCUGGCGAAUCAGGCACACCAUUGUCAAUAGGCUAUCAGAUCAAGACUAUACAUAUUGAACAUUGUCAGAUUGAACAGUCUACAACAACACGUCUAGAGUUCAUUAUAACAUCGACUAUACCACAGCCACUACAGCAACAGCAACAACAGCGUAGACAAUGGGUGUGGCGAGCUGUGGACGAACAGACUGUGUUGCAAUGGGUGAACGGGCUGACGUUGUGGAAACAGCGCAACUUGGCCUCGUCGGCCAAUGCCUCACGACGAUCGACAAUGGCUGGGCUCAACCCUCUUUUGUCGCAGGCACCGCAGCCAGUGACGGGCGCUGCCAGCGGCUCACCCCUCGCCUCCUCGAAUGGCAGCUCGGCGAGUGGCACCGACUCCCCGCCACUCUCUCCGGCCAUGGAGCACGUCUCACCAGUGAUCGACAGGAACAAGGCCAUCGCCGAGCAAUUCCUCAAGAGUCUAUCGAUCAAUUGUGACGCGGGACUGGAUCGUGCCAGCGGCAAGUUUGGCGCGGUCAAGAUCCGCCAGCUUCUCGUGCGCCAGACACCCCCGCUCGACAGCGAUCAAACCAACUACAUCCUCUCGUUACUCCAAUCCCAGAUAUCAUUCCUUCAAGAGUGUCACGAUGAGAUACAACUCUUUGGAGACAACGGCAACAGUAAUGGCAAUAGGAGGAGUGGUCAUGCCCCUGCCAACAAGCAACAGGCAUCGGCUGCAACCGCUGCGGCAGCGACACCCGUCACGCCAUCGGGCAAGACAGGAAAGACAUCGCCAACGCCAGCCCCAUUGUCACCAUCCAACUCAUACUCCAACCUGGAGCAGGCCGACGACGAUGACGAUGACAACCAAGUCAAGGAGGACAAUGUGUUCUCAUUGCUGCCGAACCACCUGUCACUCUACAUCCUGUCCUACCUGGAGCCCAAGCAGCUGCUACUGUGCGGCCAGGUGUCCAGCCACUGGCGUCUACUGUCCGGCAGCAACGCGCUGUGGCAGCGAUUCACGCAGCACCUGCAGACCCCCGCUUCCAUCUUUGAUACGACGCAGAAUUGGAAGGCGACGUAUCUCAAUCAUGUGAAGCAGUCCAGCACGACCAAAGAGAAGAUCAUGAGUCGUGCGCUCAGUAUCUAUGGUCUGCAGCCAGUCAACUCUGGCAAGUCCGUCAAAGAAGGAUUCCUCUACAAGCGUGGCGAGGAUAUCCUGCGCAUCUGGAAGAAGAGAUACUUUGUGUUGAAGGAGAACUGUUUGUUCUACUUCCAACAUCCAAGUGACAACUUCCCAUGUGGAAUGAUCCCAUUACAUGUUAGCUUUAGGGUGAAGCGUGUGUCUCCAUCGACUAGGAAGCACUGCUUCAAGGUGAUACAUGAUGGUCUGCAGAGUUGCAAACAGAUAUCGGAUGGAGGCGGUGGCGGUAGGAAGGUCGAGCGCAAGGAGCCUUACUACUUAUCGGCAGAGAGCGAUGAGGAGUGCAACGUCUGGCUGGCAACCAUCCAGAACGCCAUUCAAAAGAGCGACAAGUGUUGGACGACCACAAAAGUAUCGGUCACUGGCCAACACAGCAAUCAGCACAGGUCAUACAGCACCAAGCUGACGCACAGCUUCAACAAGGGCCACUUCAAGAAGGCGUCCAACUCCACGCCCAUCACACCCUCAUCGCUAGCGGGUGACCCACCCCUCUCACCAAAGAGCUCUUCGGUCGUGGAGACCAGACCGCUGUUUGGACUGCCGCUGUCGGUGCUGAUGGCCGACCAGGUCAAGCACAACGUCGACCUACCCAUGCCCUACCUACUCUUCAAGUGCUUCGAGCACAUCCAACAGUAUGGUCUGCAGGAGGAAGGACUGUUCCGUGUAUCUGGCAGCGUGCUCGAGAUCGAGGCACUCAAGAUCACAUUCGAACAAAACACCAACUUUGCGGAUGUAGACCUUUCUCAAAGCGACAUCCAUGCUGUCACAGGCCUGGUCAAAAGUUUCUUCCGUAAGCUACCAGGCUCACUCAUGCCACAAGACCUUGAUGAAUAUGCUACAACAGUAUCAAUGGCACAAAGUCAGACACAGGAACAAAAGAUCAAUGAGUACAAGUUCAUAUUUGAUAGUUUGGAUCCAGUUGUAUACUCUAUAUUCAGGUCACUGCUAUUCCUUCUGAAGCAGACAGUGGACAAUAAGUCCUGCACAAAGAUGACCGAGGAGAACAUCCUAAUCGUCAUCAUGCCAACACUCAAAUGCAAACCAGUACUCAUCAACAAUGGUAUUAGAUAUUAUAAUAUGAUAUUUGGAAACAGCAACAGCAACAACAACAACAACAGUAGUAGUGGAAGUGGAAGUGGUAACAACAAUGGUAGCGAAGCAAUGGAUGACUCUUAA